AUGGAAAUGCUUUCUUUCGUUUGACCUUCACUUGAGAAACGAAGCUCAGUUCCCAUUUUGAUCUUGAAGCGGAAAGUGAUCGAAAUGAUCUUAGAGGACACAGUCAAGUAUCUGCGUAGCGCCAAGACUCCCGAAGAUGUCGCCAACUGGAAGCUGGUGUAUAAUUUUAUUAUCGAAACGAAAUACUUUCUGGAGCAUUAUGACAGCAUUAUUGAAACAUGGGAUUUGUGUGAUAAGGAAUUUUUGAUGCUCCUGUGGGAGCUAGAAGAACUACUCACAGAGUUGUUGUACAAAUACACUACGGUUUCAACAGAAUACUUAAGGCCAAUAUCGUUGCCAACUGUGGAAAUCAAAUGCUGUGAUAUACUGUUCGAAAAAUCAUCACAAUUAUUCAAACACUAUUAUACCGUACAUCACACACCGGCGCGCCUUAGGAGUUAUCGCUACUGUGAGAUGAAAGCGGGCCUUCUGAAGUUGGACUUCUACCGUCGCAACGUCAAAUACUAUUUGGAGUUUGGAAACUGGGCGGACCACGUGUUGUGUUUGUAUCUCAAACGCAUUUAUAAGAAAGUGAACCAUACAUUGGAUCCAUUCCGCGAUUCUGGUAGUUAAUGUGUUAAAAUUAAAUAUACUUUUCAUUGUGUCUUUGAGUUUUAGAGGAUAAAUUAACCAAAUAAAUAUUUUCAAGCCAUUCUUGAAUAA